AUGUUCUGGUCCGGGACACUGCUCAGUGCCACCGGCCCCUUGGCCAAGGCAUGGCUCUCCGCCAACCAAGAGCGCAAAAUUUCCAAGGUCCAGAUUCUGCAACACAACUUGCAAGACAGCGUGGACGCCAUCAUUGCCCCCAAUGACGCCCCUCUCGCCCUCCGCCUCAGCGGCCAGCUGCUGCUCGGCGUCGUCCGCAUCUACAGCCGCAAGGCGCGUUAUCUCCUCGAUGACUGCAACGAGGCCCUGAUCAAGAUCAAAAUGGCUUUCCGAUCCACCGGCAACCAUGACAUUCCUACCAACUUGCACCCAACUGCCAAGGAGGCGCUCAUGCUCCCCGAUACCAUCACGCCCUACGAUAACCUCGACCUGCUGCCGCCACCGAGCUCCGAAUUCCUUGCUUCGCAACUCGAAGAGGUGACAGCGACUCCGAUAAGCAGCCGCAAAGCUGCCGUCAGGCCAAGCAACCGCGACAUCAACCUCCAAGAGGACUUCAACAACAGCCAGUUUCUGCAAGAUGCUACGGGCGAUGAUGAAGAGUUGGCCUUGGCAAACAUGGACGACCUCGACCUAGAACUCGACUUUGGUAUGGAUAUCGAUGAGCGCCCGACCAAGCUGAUGGACAAGAGCGUGGAAAUCGGCAGAGAUGCGCCUGCUGCUCGGCCGGUUGAGGAGGACAUGCUGAGCGAGUUGGAUAUGGGGGGCCCCAGCAAGGACCGGCAGGCGCGCGAGCCGUCCCUGGGCCUCGAUCUCGACUUUGGCGAUGGUAUUCACAUUGCCGAUGGGGAGGGCGAUAUCCAGAUGGGCGACGAUGAUCUUCAGUUCAACGUCGGGGACGAGUCUGCAAUGCCCGGAGCUGCACGCCCGGACAUGAGCCGCGCGCGGAUUUCUGAGUCGCCGCUGUCCGAUAUUGACGAGGACUUCGCCAAGGAGGUCGAGAUGGAGUACAGCCGGCACAUGAACACGGACAUGUACGAGCCGGGUGAUGACCCGACAGCAUCCAUGAUUCGGGCGCCUCAGCGGCAGAAGAAGAAGAAGCUGCUCCAGCCGGACGACCAAACAAUGCUGUCCAACGCCCAGAUCAAGGAACAGCAAGCGAAGCGCGACAACAUCCUCAAGCCGCAGACCUUCCUGACGCACGAUCCCUACAUCGUUGGCCUGAUGGAUCUGCAAAAGAAUGGCGGUUUUGUCAACAACGUCUUGUUCGAGGGCCGCAGCAAUGGUUGGGCCCCCGAGCUCAAGGGCCUCUUGUCCCUUGGAUCCAUCCGACCUAACGUGCUAAAGCGGAAGAGAGAUAGCGGCGUCGCCGACAUGGACAGCGAAGAUGAGCAGGGCGUCUCAAAAUCGCCGCGUCUAGAGCUUCCCGAGGAUGAGACGGUGCUCGGCCUCGACGUGUCCAUUGCGGGCAACCAGAGCAUUGCCGCGGACGGCACGGUGCUCGACAUCCCCGCGGACGAAACCGCCGUUUUCCACGGUGACGAUGAGGACGAGCGCCCCGGCUCCCGGGGCGGUGCUCCCUCGAGCCCCAUGCCCAAUUUUGACGACACCACCAUGCCCAUUGUGCACCCCUCCGACAGCGGCCCUGUGUCCAUCGGCACUAAGCACGCCGUGCACAUCCUCCGCGACCUGUUUGGCGCCGAGGCCGCCACAAACGCCGAGAAGCGCAAGAAGACGGCUGUCGUCUUUCAGGAGCUGCUGCCCGAGAAGAAGACCUCCAAGGCCGACGCCACCAAGAUGUUCUUCGAGUGCUUGGUGCUCGCCACCAAGGACGCCAUCAAGGUCGAGCAGCCCGAAGGCACCCUGGGCGGUCCCAUCCGCGUUCGUGGGAAGCGCGGGCUCUGGGGAGACUGGGCAGAGCGCGAGGCUGGGGGCGAGGCCGCACGCGAGCCGCACCAGAACCAGCCCGAGAGUGCUGUGCAGUCGGCUGCCGCGGUGGCUGUCGAGGCGUAG